CGCCAGCGGUGCCCAGAUGGCAACCGACGCCCCGCCGCUGUACGGGGACCCCGACGACGUCGUGGAGAUCGAGGGCGUCAAGCAGGAUGAGUACACCGGCGUGGCGGAGCAGAGAAAGACGGAGAGGAAGGCCCGGGAGACGGCGGAAGACAGCAACAAGGACCACAAGCCGAAGUUUAUCCAGCCCCAGAAGGAGAAGCGCUUCAAGAUCUACAUGAAGUACGAGGGCAGGAAGGGCCCGCCGGCGUGGCUGAAGGCCAGGCUCCCGAAGCACGGUGGCUUCGAGGACGGCCCGUCCGUGGCGAUCAAGAAGAUGUUUUGCAACUUCUACAACCGAGUGCGCGAGAUGCUGUCGGUCCACAGCGUGCACCUGAGGAGCGAGACGGGCAUCGCGAUCCCAGACGAGGACGCUCUGAGCGGUUACGUCGGCUACGGCGGGCUCAUCUACAUAGUGGAUGGCUCUUCGCCUGCCAAGCUGCCGGACUGCGGUAGCGAUCAGCCACGCCACCUGCGGCUGGAGAUCCCGCUGCUGCAGCAGGAAGGGAGCAGAGUAGGGGCCGUGGUGCCCGCGUACGGCAAGUCAGCUUCGAAGGAGAUCGACGUGCGCCAACUGUCAGUGCUCAGGUUGGAAGCUACACUCCCAGAAGAGCUCGACAAGCUGGAGCGCCUGGAGAAACAAGCUGAACAGCAGCGAAAGGGUGUACGAGAAGCCAAGUUGGCUCUCAAUGAUUCGGAUGAGGAGUACCGCAAGCUGGUCGCGGAGAUCGCCCGUGCUGCUGGUGGUUUCACUCGGAUAUCAACCGCAUUCGGGCUGAGCAUCAGGAGCACUUGGGACGACUACAGCGGAAGCGGCAGCGGGUCGACGCACCAGCUGAACAACCUGCGGGGCCUGGUGAGCGCCCUGCACCUGAGGCCUCGCAGCCAGCAUGCGCGGGCGAAGCUGGAGGCGCUGGCUCAGUGCCAGGAGACCGACGCGUCUGCGGCGAUGCAACAGGAGCUCAGUCUUGAUUCCAAUGGCAGGGCCGAUGGGGAGGCCACAGUAAGAAAGCUAGGAGAUGAAGGCGCGCUUAUUCUCGCUCGCGUGGACGAGCUGCUGCACCAUCGCGGCAUGCCGUUCAUUAUGGCGGGUGAUUGGCAGGUAGGGCCCAAUGUGUUUGCAGAUUUGGGAUGGCCUCAGAAAGUUGGGGGCGUCAUCGUUGCUCCAGGUACGCCCGCCUGCCGAUCAACGGCGCGCCGAUGGCGCACCAUCGACUAUUUCGUGAUUCCCAAGGGCCUAGGGCCAUGCGUUGCCAGCUGCAGGCGCAACGAGCAGGCCACGACGGCCCCCCACUGGCCAGCGGCGCUCUCUUUGAAGGGGGACCCGUUGGAGGCCAAGCACUGGGUGGUCACCAAGCCGAAGGCCUUGCCCGAGGAGAUCCCUGUGGGCCCGCGCCCGAAGGCUCCAGAUUAUCAGCAGCACCUCGAGAGGGCCCAAGCUAGAGGCACUUCAGAAGAUCUGGGUCGUGUUUUCUUGGGAUUCUUGGUCACCUUCGAAUCGGCGUUGCUUGACAUCUACCAGGUCCGUGACCAGCCCAAGUGCGGCGGCAGGCUGCAUUGGCCCAGCGUCUCCAUUUUCAAUGUUGUCGACGAUCUAACUUUCUUCGCCUCAGCCACGUCUUGCAAGCUCGGGGGUCUGGUAGGCUCCGCCACCAGGCACGUGUGCACGCAGUUGGAGAGGCCCCAGCUCAUAGUUUCGAGGGGGAAAGAGGUGAUCGUGUCGUCGGACAACUUCGUCGCCGCCGAGAUUCGGAAGAAGCUAGAUAGGUCCAACUUUCCAGGCUUCGGAAGCUUCGACCUCGAGUUCGGCGCUGUCGUGGGCUCCGAAGCUCAUUCCGAGGUGCUGCUGAAGUCGUUCGUGUCGGAGCUCUGCCAGCUGCGAUGCAUGGAUCAUGCGAUCAUGUUUCGAGGCUUUCAUGAGGCUCGAGAGCAUUCGUUGGCAGUAUGCGCAGGGUCCUGCUGGUGCGGUUAUCUGUACUUUGAAGCGUCUGCGGUGGGUAUCGUCUCCUGGGACUCCUGGGUCACUGACGACGGCGUCCCGAUCAAUCCCCGCAACUCCGGCAAAAUAACCUUCAGGUCCCUGAUCAACUCCAGCACCCAGAGGUCCCCGGCACAAGGCCUAGGUGGGCCGUUCGGGAAGAUCGAUGGUCUAACCGCAGGCCCUUGCCUCACGCGGCUCAUCGUGCAUUUGAAGGAGCUGCGCACGCCGGGGAAAGGCUCUUCAGCAAGCAGACUGGCAACGGCUGUGGCAGGAGGUUUCCCGACGCAGCAGACGCUCUUCAUUGAUCGCAGAGUUGUGACGAGGUACUGCCAGUGGUGCUUGCAAUGUCCUGGCGCCAGGAAGCAUCGCUUGUACCUGUGCGAUGCGCGCUGCUUGUUCAGACGAGAUCUUGAUCUAGAUAAUGUUAUCCAGGCUGGCUGUGAGGGAGGGGAUGAUGACCUCGCUACUACAAGAUGCCUCAUCCCAAGCCCCGAAUGGGAAUGGCCGAAGCCCUACCUCACAGCCGAGCCUAAAGGGAGUGUGUACUCCAGAUAUGGCGUCCUCGACUCGGGCUUCGUCUGCUUAGAGGGCUCGGCCGUCGACCCAGAGUUGCUCAGCUCCACGAGGGCAGGAUGCAGAGGGGUCGCCGUCGACUUGGGAGGCAACAUCGAGGGCGCUCUCUACGGCCCCUUGCCUCACCCGCUGCAGAUGGCGGGCUGCGGAGAGGUUUUCGCGCUGCUCACGCCGCCGCUGUCAUAUUCAUCGCAGCCGCCGUGA